GACUCCCCAGCUGCUUCUAUCCUUCUCCGUUCCUCUCUCUGUAUCACACGCCAUGGAUCGAGUUCAGAUGCUUCUGGUAGGGUUACCUGUGUUUCUCUUCUGUUCGGACAUCUUAAACCUCUUCACUCUAUCGCCGCCACCGAAGCCCUCACAUCAGCACCAUCAGCACCAUCCCCACCAUCCUCAGCCAGUUGUUCAACCAACCCCUGAUUUCCCCUCACAGAAAACAGUCGGUGGUGGAGGCAUCGGUUAUGGCAACACCAUCAACAUCGGUUUCUGCUCCUCCUGUUCUUACGGGGGAACUGCGAAGACAAUUACGAAGAUGCUGGAGACAUCUUUUCCUGGUAUUGAUGUUAUUCUUGCAAAUCAUCCCCCAAAGCUUCCAAAACGCCUACUUAGCAAAGUGGUACCAGUUGUUCAAGUAGGAGUUAUUGGGAUAUUAAUGGCUGGAGAACAUAUUUUCCCUAGGCUGGGGUUUAUGACACCACCUCCUUGGUACUUCUCCUUGCGUGCGAAUAGAUUUGGAACCAUUGCAUCCACUUGGCUUCUUGGCAAUGUUGUGCAAUCCUUCUUGCAGAGCUCUGGGGCUUUUGAAGUUUAUUGCAAUGGUGAAUUGGUUUUCUCAAAACUGAAGGAGCAGAGGUUCCCUAGUGAAUUUGAGUUGAGAGAGCUCGUCAGCCAGAAACUGGGGAAUUCAAGAAUCGUGGAUGCUGGAGGUGUCUGGUCGCAUUGAACUGGGGAAAUGGAAAUCCUUUGAUAGGUGCCAAGACAGGUGCAGCCUAAGUUCAGGACUCAAAAUCUUAGAUUCGGUGGUAAAUAUUCUAUAUGAAUGAGAUCCCGAUUGUAUGUAUAAAAUUUGAAGAACUCAUUUCCUAUCUCCAAGCUUCCUUGCUCAUCUUCUCUAAUCUUGUACUUCUGCACAGUUGCUUGUCAAUCAUUUUCAGCAUUUCAUAUCCUUCCAGUUG